ACUUGUUGGCUCACUUGGCUGUCUGUUACGCAUAAUUGUAUUUCACUCAACAUGAAAACAGCUUUUUAUGUUGCUUGUCCAACAUUUUACAUGUACCUCAAGUCAUGCAAUGCACUGAUGUAGUUGAUAUUCUGACUACAGAAAUCCAAUUAUGCGAGACAGAUUUAUGAACUAGUUUAUAUCAAAGGAAUGUGCUUUUUAUUCCUAGGAGGCCAGCAACACCUUGAUAAACUGACUACAUUUGUAAAGAGUCACCUAUUUCAUAUUGUGUAGGAUAAUCCUGGUAGCUUUCUUCAAGGAAACUCUUUGAAUGAUGGUUCCGGUGCUCACAAUGUCAGGAGUUGUGUUAGAAGUAGAUAUAUUGCAUGUUUGGAGCUAGAGCCUACACUCAUAUGUCUGUGUCUUUCAUACAGGUGGAUUUAUCAUAUGAUUCAUUGAUAACUUGUAUUAAGAUUGAUGGAACAAUCUUGGCGAUCCUGAUAAUACUGUUUAGUUUAUCUCCUUGCCAUCUGAACCCCUUGACUGCUGGAUACUGUAAUUCCCAUAUAGGUUUGUACCGGGACCACCUGGCUCUAGUUGGCAGUGGGGUCAAGUUCUUCACAAAGGGACUGGUACUUUGAUUUGCAGCUGAUGCUACCAUUCCUCAAGUGCGACAGCAUCACCUUUCUGCACCAAGUAAUCCGCCGGAAUCUGAGAGAGAAGCACAACGUCUUUGACAAAAAAGCUAUUAUUGAAUCAAUGAAUUGAGGACGCAAAUCCCACAAACUUGGGCAGGACUUGAUCUGUGUUGCACAACUUUGGAUUCAAAAUGCCCCCAUUUUUUUCCACCCUCUGAUUUUGUUUUCGAAGGCUUGGAUGAAGAAUCAUUGCAUUCUGGGAAAAUACUUUGCCAAUUGUCAUUCUAGCGAGAACCUUCCUGUAUGCCAUUGGAGAUACAAUUUUGUUUAGAUGUUUAUUGAUUUUUUUGAGAGAGUGAUUUAUGAGGAUGGUUCAAGAUGGCUUCUUUAAGUGAUCGGUUGCUUGAUUUGGAACCGCAUGUGGACAAUGAAAUAUUGUGUACAUCUCUCAAGACGUCGGCGUAGACACGUAAAACAUUUAGUUCAUUCAUGGAGAUCCAAGUCUUUUGGUAAUUCCGUAUCCAAGGCUUUCAAUGAAGCGGUCUCAAAAUUGGAGAUGGGACAUGACAGUCGCAACAAGCAAUUCCACAAGUUGUUCCCCUGCGUACCAGAUUCAGAGUCCGUCAUCAACACAUAUUCAUGUGCCUUAGUUAGAGAUAUACUCCUCCAAGGAAGAAUGUUUGUAUCAGAGAAUUGGAUCUGUUUCCAUUCAAAUAUCUUCACCUAUGAAAAACAGAUUGCAAUCAAGGUGGAGACGAUUACAAAGAUAACCAAAGAGAAAACGGCUUUUGUCGUUCCCAACGCAAUAGGACUCCAUACACCCUCCGAAAAGCACAUCUUUGGGUCGUUGCUUUCAAGACAUUCCACGCACCAACUCCUGUACAGAGUCUGGAAAAAUGCCAAGGGUGAGACUGAGUCAAUGAGCCCAAGUUCCAGUCUCCAAGGGGACAGCGAUGAAGAAGACAUUCCAGGGGAAAGUGAAGAUGAAGAUGAGCUUGAUAUGGAACAUGACGGUCCCAACGGUCGUGUCUUGCCUCCAGUUAGUGUUCAUGAGUACCAGAGAUUGGAAUCUUCCCGCUUUUCAGAUUCAUAUGGGGGCGGGUCUCACCCUCACCAAGGUAGCCCGCGGCAACCACACCUGCCCUCCGACCAAUCACAUUCCAUGGGUGACUCGCCCGACCUCGGCCAUCGCUCACAUACAGGUUACCAUCAUCAGCUCAGUCAAAUGUUAUGUUCAGUCAGCAUCUUCAAAUCAAUUAAAAGGCUAGGGAACUCCCUGAAGCAGCUACCUCAAUAUCAACCGUUCUUACUACUUAUUGGCAUCUUACUUUUGUGCCUGACCUUCUCAGCAGCAGUACUUUCCAUCAGGAUCUGGCGGCUUCAACCACACAUGGCCACCCCAUCUCAAACAUCAGCCCAUGAGUCCGUCCACCUUGAAAACAUGGAUAAUAUUGGGAAUCUAUUUCUAUCAGAGCAACAUAAACACCAAGAGAAAGUAUCCCAUAUACAGGACACGCUUUCAGCCAAUCUCAAGACAUUAUUACAGGUCCAGUCGUCAUUACUACACCUGAACACAAAGUCAUCUGAAAAUUCGAAUCCACCACAUCAGAGCGAAUCAUCGCCCGACAGGGGACAGAAGGAGGAUUUAUAGUACUGGUCAUUGGUCUGCUGCUGGUCCUACUAAAGCUGCAAUUCAUUCCAGACCUGACCGGCGCCCUCUGUUGUUGGUCUUUCAACAAGGAGGCUGCCAUUCCUCUACCCUCUCUCCAUAGGAUCCAGCAGACCAACCCUUAACUUACUACACUGGCCAGUGAGUGGAACGCCAUGCACGCGAAGUCCUUUGAUAUAGUUAUUUCACUUGCUUGUGACGAGUUAGAUCAUUGACCACGUUGCCAUUGAAGCCGACCUCCAGCAUGCAUUCUCAAACUGCUAUUUUAACUCAGAAUUAGUAACAGAGAGCCGGUGACUAUGAAAGAGAUCUCUUCACACGUGGCUUCCAUUCGGUUACAACUUUUUUUAGCAUGAAGAUCGUUUCAUAUCUCUAUUGUCACGAGACCACCAAAGUUGUGACGUCUCUGUGGUUAGUGAAAUCGAUCUGUCAGCGUGCAUAGAAAGCAGCUCAUUUUGUUCAUCUUUCAUCAUUCCUGAAGCCCUUCAUGCCAAACGAUAUAAAACGAGUUUAAUUUCACCUCAUAAUGUUGCCAACAACUUUAUCGUAAUUGUCAUCGUAUAGUCGCAUUUAAAUGCGGAAUACGACACUUGAUGCUUAAAGAAAGUGAAAAUACUAAGGAUGUGUUUUUAUUUUUUUUUGGGGGGGUGUUCAAGUUUCUCUUCCCUUAUGUUUUAUUUGUUUCACAUUAUUUUAUAUUUUGCUUCAUCACUUGGCUGUCCAGUGGCUUGUGAGGACAGUAUUAAUUUGCAAUAUUGUUGUGCCAUUAAUGGAUACCUCACGGUAUACGAUUUCAUGUUGAUUGAUCAAAACAUUCUUUAAGGAACCGUUUGACAAAAAACCCACCAUCACUGUCAUCAUCAUCAUCGUCUUUGUCAUCAUCAUCAUCACUAUCAUCAUCAUUAUCAUCAUCAUCGUCAUCAUCUUCACCACCACCACCACCAUCGCGUUAUCUUCAGCCAUGUGAUUAUGUUAAAUGUAAACCUACAUGUACACUUACAUUGAGUGAUGCCAUGGAUUUAAACCGGUGCUGCAUGCAUUGUACUAGGUAUAAGUGAGUAAAAUAGAAGAAUACAAAUGACAAUCAUAUCUGCACUCUUUGGUGUAAAAUGCUUGCUGAUUUAUUCACAUUUUCAUAGACCAACGACCUGUUCGUCUAAUCACCAUUCGGUCUGACGUUUCAUCCACGUAACAUUUUGCCAAUUUUCCGUUUAUAGAUGAUACCCACUAUCUAGCAUGUCGAGCAGAAUGCAUGCUGUGCUCAUUAGAAUAAAACUCUCUGAAUGCCAAUAAGAAUGGUCUAAGAAAUGAAGUAAUUAAGUGCUUAUUUUGGCUCGGUGCGUAGAAUUUUCUCCUGGUGAGUUAUUGUUGGUUUUUAGCCGAGUGGUCACUUCUAGUGGCUA